CACGGGACUCUCUUGAAAUCAACCCCGGCGCACUUCGUCCUGCAGGAGACCGGUGGAGAUAGUCAGCGGGUGCCGAGAGGCCCUAAAGAUGGACCGCUGGCCGUGCACCCAGACCAUCGGAGACGGUUAGAGGUUAGAGACCCAAAGACAAAGUCUCCCCCCGCGGAUCUUGACUCCAUCCACCACCUGGAGUUCUUCACUGUGAAGCGAGAAAUCCAGAGGUUCCCGAUUUAGCAAAGACCCUGCGGUAAAGAACUUGAGACAGGAGCUGCGUGAUGGGAGCAUUUGGAAGCUCUUGUCAUGCUCUUUCCUCCACAGUUACCUUUCUCGACAGCUAGCAACGCAUCUGACUUGCUCGUGUUAAAGCAGGCCUGGCCGCCUCGGUGUGACCAGACGGAUCCUUUUGCGGUUCUGACUCCGCUCCGGAAACAUGCUCCAUCGUUAGGUCAAUCAGACAGCGCUCUGGCGGGGGAGAAGGAGACCAACACUCUUCGGGGACUAAGAAUUACAAGUCCAACACGAUGCCGGAGCGCUCUAGUGUGUCUACACGGAGUGGGCGAUCCUUUCAGCACCCUCGAGAAAGAAAUAAGCGGGCAGAAGCAGGCGGCUGGACCGUACCCACACUGGAGACUGGAUACAGCCCCAAUACGAUUUUUUUGAAACCGGUUUACGUCAAAUGCGAUUGCGUGUGCUCCCCGCUGCCUGUUAAUCAUUUAGGGCCCUGCUGCGCGUGUGGCAGCCAGCGGGAGCGCGGGGCGGGAGGCAGCAGAUUAACCGGACCGUGUUCCGGGGGGGCUGAGCUGGAUAAUUGACACCUGCUGGGCGCAAAAGAGGAGGGCGGGGCGAUACAGCCCCGAGCGCCCGGCGGCCUCGCAAGCGCCGGGGCAGGGUCGGAAGCCCGGCUCCCGCCGCUGCUGAACAGCAGCAGCAGCAGCAGCCGGCGGUGCCCUGUCUCCCCCGCUCUCCCCAGCCCGGAGGGGGGGAGCCCUGCUGUGAGGGGGGGGGGUGAUGGAGCAGCAUGGGCACCCUUCCUAUAGCACCCGCAGCCCUGUCUGGGAGGAACUGGAGUCCGAGAAGAUGGCCGGGGCCGAGGCGAGGAUGAGCGGGGCCGGGAUCCAGCAGCCGCCCCAGCCCGCGGCGGCGGCGGCGGGAGACGAGUCGUCGGACAGCGAGGGGGAGCACGAGGGCCCCCAGAAACUCAUCCGCAAAGUGUCCACCUCGGGCCAGAUCCGCAGCAAGACAAGUAUAAAGGAAGGGUUACUAUUGAAGCAAACAAGUUCUUUUCAGCGGUGGAAAAAACGUUAUUUCAAACUUCGAGGCCGUACCCUUUACUAUGCCAAGGAUUCAAAGUCUCUAAUAUUCGAUGAAGUUGACCUGUCAGAUGCCAGUGUAGCUGAAUCGAGCACAAAAAAUGUCAACAACAGCUUCACGAUAAUCACUCCAUUCCGGAGGCUAAUAUUAUGUGCUGAGAACAGAAAAGAGAUGGAGGACUGGAUCAGCUCACUGAAGUCUGUACAGUCUAGAGAACAUUAUGAGACCGCACAGUUUAAUGUGGAACAUUUCUCAGGGAUGCAUAACUGGUACGCCUGCUCCCAUGCCCGACCUACCUUCUGUAAUGUGUGCAGAGAAAGCCUCUCUGGAGUUACUUCUCAUGGCCUGUCUUGUGAAGUGUGUAAAUUUAAAGCACAUAAAAGGUGUGCAGUCAGGGCAACAAAUAAUUGCAAAUGGACUACGUUAGCCUCUAUUGGGAAGGAUAUCAUUGAGGAUGAAGAUGGUAUAGCUAUGCCUCACCAGUGGUUAGAGGGUAAUUUGCCUGUCAGUGCCAAAUGUGCAGUCUGCGACAAGACCUGUGGCAGCGUUUUACGUCUCCAAGAUUGGAAGUGCCUUUGGUGUAAAGCUAUGGUUCACACUGCCUGUAAAGAUCUGUAUCCUCAUAAAUGUCCGCUUGGACAAUGUAAGGUAUCCAUCAUACCUCCAACAGCACUCAACAGCAUAGAUUCUGAUGGAUUCUGGAAAGCCACAUGCCCACCAUCCUGUGCCAGUCCUCUUUUAGUUUUUGUUAACUCAAAGAGUGGAGACAAUCAGGGAGUAAAGUUUCUUCGUCGAUUCAAACAGUCGCUAAAUCCAGCUCAGGUGUUUGAUUUAAUGAAUGGAGGACCUCAUUUAGGUUUACGGUUAUUUCAGAAGUUUGACAAUUUCCGGAUUCUUGUAUGUGGUGGAGAUGGAAGCGUUGGUUGGGUUUUGUCAGAAAUUGAUAAACUCAGCUUGCACAAACAGUGUCAGCUGGGAGUGCUUCCCCUUGGUACUGGAAAUGAUCUUGCCCGUGUCCUUGGUUGGGGAGGGUCAUGUGAUGAUGACACACAACUUCCUCAGAUUUUGGAAAAGUUAGAACGAGCCAGCACUAAAAUGCUGGACAGAUGGAGUAUAAUGUCAUAUGAACUGAAAUUACCAUCAAAGCCUUCUAUUCUUCAAGUUACUCCAGAAGAGGAAUCUGAGGAAUGUCAGAUAUCUGCUUAUGAGGAUUCAGUUGCUGCUCAUCUCACAAAAAUCCUCAAUUCUGAUCAACACUCAGUUGUCAUAUCAUCUGCCAAGAUAUUAUGUGAAACCGUAAAGGACUUUGUAUCCAAAAUAGGGAAGACCUAUGAAAAAACAAUGGAAAAUGCAGAGGAAGCUGAUACCAUGGCCAUUAAAUGUUCAGAAUUAAAUGAGAAGUUAGACUUAUUGCUCCAAGCUCUUCACACCGAAGCCCAAGCUACUCCCAUCCUACCACGGAUCACUCCUCCCAUUGUAGAGGAAGAAGUUGAGGAGUUUUCAAGUGAAGAAUCCUUGUCUGAAAGCAAGGAACAGUUAACAGACAGUAUUGCAAAGUCUUCCACUCAGAAAAUCUUCAAACCAAGAGAACAGUUAAUGCUGCGGGCAAACAGUUUAAAGAAGGCAGUGAGGCAAAUCAUUGAACAAGCAGAAAAAGUUGUGGAUGAGCAGAAUGCUCAUACUGAAGAACAAGUGAACCAAUCCCCUAUAGAAUAUAGUAAGGAAUUGGAUGAAUCCAAAGAAGAAGAAAAAGAGGAAGAUACAAAGGAAUAUGAAUCUCUGACAAUUAAAACUGCACCAAAAUCUCCAGAUCGACAUACAAGUCGGGGCAUCCCCUCUCAUACUGGCUCUUUCUCUGUCCCAGCUGUGGCAGCCGGCAAAGAAAACCUGCCUGUACUUAACACCAGGAUAAUCUGCCCAGGUUUAAGAGCUGGAUUAGCUGCCUCAAUUGCGGGGAGUUCUAUUAUCAGCAAAAUGUUACUUGCAAACAUUGAUCCAUUUGGUGCUACCCCAUUUAUUGACCCUGAUCCAGAUUCACUGGAAGGAUAUUCAGAAAAAUGUGUCAUGAACAACUACUUUGGAAUUGGAUUAGAUGCAAAAAUUUCAUUAGAAUUUAAUAAUAAGCGAGAAGAACACCCUGAAAAGUGCCGAAGCCGGACAAAGAACAUGAUGUGGUAUGGGGUGCUUGGUACCAAAGAAUUACUGCAAAGGACCUAUAAGAACUUAGAACAAAAAGUUCAGCUUGAGUGUGAUGGACAAUACAUCCCCCUCCCCAGUCUUCAAGGCAUAGCUGUGCUAAACAUUCCAAGCUAUGCUGGUGGAACUAAUUUCUGGGGUGGAACCAAAGAGGACGAUAUAUUUGGGGCACCAUCAUUUGAUGACAAAAUCUUAGAAGUUGUUGCAGUAUUUGGCAGCAUGCAGAUGGCAGUUUCAAGAGUCAUCAAAUUGCAGCACCACAGAAUAGCUCAGUGUCGGUCAGUAAAGAUCACCAUACUUGGAGAUGAAGGGGUUCCAGUGCAAGUAGAUGGAGAGGCAUGGAUCCAGCCCCCAGGAGUUAUUAAAAUUGUGCAUAAAAACAGAGCUCAGAUGCUAACACGAGACAGAGCUUUUGAAAAUACCCUAAAAUCUUGGGAAGACAAACAGAAGUAUGAUUCCUGCAAACCUGUCCUCCGAUCUCACUUGUACCCUCAACAGGCUGUUGAGCUGGCUGCGGAAGAAGAAGUUGCACAGAUCCAGCUGUGUUCAAAAGCUGCAGAAGAGCUUAUUACCAGAAUCUGUGAAGCUGCAAAAAUACACAACCUGUUGGAACAGGAGCUGGCUCAUGCUGUCAAUGCGUGUUCACAUGCAUUAAAUAAAGCCAAUCCAAGGUUUCCUGAGAGUCUUACCAGAAAUACUGCCAUUGAAAUAGCUGUCAAUGUGAAGGCACUACAUAAUGAAACUGAAUCUCUACUAGUAGGAAGGGUUCCUUUGCAAUUGGAUCCUCCCCAUGAAGAGCUGCUGUCUGAUGCAUUGCACAGUGUGGAGAUUGAAUUGAGAAAACUUGCUGAGAUUCCAUGGCUUUAUUAUGUUUUCCAGCCAAAUGAUGAUGAGGAUCCCCUUCUGGAUUAUUCUAAGAGAAACAACAGAAGUACAGUAUUUCGCAUAGUGCCAAAAUUUAAAAAGGAAAAAGUCCAAAAGCAUAAGAGCAGCCCUCAGCCUGUUCAAAAAUGGGGCACAGAUGAAGUUGCUGCUUGGCUGGAUCUGCUCAGUUUGGGAGAGUACAAAGAAAUCUUCAUCAGCCAUGACAUCCGAGGCUCUGAGCUUUUACACCUGGAAAGGCGAGAUCUUAAGGACCUGGGGAUAAUGAAAGUGGGUCAUAUGAAGCGAAUUCUCCAGGGAAUUAAAGAGCUUGGCAAGAAUGCUCCGUUGUCAGAAGUGUAACUAUACUGGUGCUAUCCUUUGAAGGAGGAAGAAUUGCUAGUUAGCAAAGUGGAGGCACUUUGCUGGUUUGUAAUUUACUAUAUGGUUGGAUAAGCACUGGUGUACUAUGCAGGUUAAUAUAUCUGUAUUCUUGUGUGGUGAAGAGCUUGAUCUGAGAAUCUGAAUGGGUUUGUGCCAAAAAAAAAAAAAAGGUUAUAUGUUCAGUGAAGACCUUUUCUUAGUGUGCAAACUUGGCAAGUUCAAGUAAGCACAUUUUGGUAAAGAGGUUGGUAUAUAGUGAACUGCAUUGCCUGGAAAAUGUAAUUAAGUAAUGAUUGCUUUCCUUACAUAUGGCCCAGUACAGCUCUCUUACAAUGCAGCAACAUAUCACUGUAGAGCCUGAGGUUGCCUGGUUAACUUUCUGAAGCACAGCUUCCCUAAAACAUUUUGUACAGAAGACUGAGAGAUGGAAUGUUCCUGGUUUUGCUUGCAAGACUGACAUUGCCUCAGGUACUUAGCACUCACUGGCCAAGGAGUAUGGUUACAGACAGCACGAAUGCAAACUAUAAUGCAUGGUGUACCUAUCUGAAUCGUCUGUCUUUCUGUUGCAUGACAUAUCUGAUACUUUAAACACUUGAACAAUUUUUAUAUCGGUUUUAAUAAGAUUUAAUUUAUUACUACUUGUGUGUCUUUUAUUUGGUUACAGGCACUUUUCUAUUCUUCAGUGUUGUAUUUUACCUGAACAUGUUAUGUGGCAAAGACUUGUGGAUGUGAACACUUAGCAUCUGUGCCAUAUUUAGCAAAUGACGUGCAUUGUAUAUAAUUGAUACAUUCUAUAGUUCGGUUUUUAAAUUACCCAUGUAGAGUAGGUAUAUCAGGUAAUUAACUCCUGAGUGUUUUGGAGUGAUAGGUAUCUCACAAAAUUAUCAAUCAGCUUCCCAAAUGGAAAAUGAUCAGAGAACUUUCUUAUGGCCCAUUUUAAUAUAGCUAGUCAGUUACCAUGAAUAUCUGUAGCAUAUCUGAACUCUAGGCAUUACUCAUUUUAUUUGUUAUGCAAAAAGAGGAUUAAAAAGGUUAGUGAAAUGUUUUUUUAAAAGCCAGAAGUAAUUUUAAUGUUAUUUACUAUGUGUAUAAAAUGUUUUAAUGUUACAGCUGAUUUCAUUUUUUGAGGUAAACUUCCCCAGUCUGAUAUAAGAACUUAGAAUGUGCACCAUUUUAAUAUUAUUUUUUAAAGAUUCUUUAAAUACCAAAACAAUGUACGCAUCAACUCCACAUAUCUCUAUCUGACGUUGCCUCCACAUAUCUCUAUUCAAUCUGUUUCUUACCAGUACUACUGUACUGGUUAAUCAUACAUAUUUAGUAAAAAUGGUAAUCCUUUCCCAAGUAUUGUACACUAUGCACGCUUAAGUAAAUCACAUGCAAAACAAUAAUACAGAGUGUAAACAGGUUCAUUUAGAAUUACUCUGAUACUAAACAUUUCAUUACAACAGGCUUUAUGAAAUUCAGUUGGGGUGCAUCUAAACAAGACAUAGUUUUAUAAUUAAUUGAGUUCCCAGAUAAUUUUUCAUCAAGUAUUUAUCUAAUGGGUAAAGAAUUUAAAUAUCUCUGGAAGUAAAAACUACAGUAAAAACUACUUAAAUAAUUAGGAUAUCUUGAUGUUUCACAGCUUGGGUAUAGUUACAAGGUAAGGUCUUCUCUAUACUGAAAACCUACAUCAGCAUAACUACAUCUCUGAGGGAUGUGCAAAAUCCACAGCCCUGCAAGACUUCGCUAUGCCAACUUAACCCCCUAGUGUAGACAGUGCGAGGCUGACGGAAGAAUUCUUCUGUCAACCUAG